AUGUCCUCGUCCUCUCUCUCUCUCUCUCUCUCUCUCUCUCUCUCUCUCUCUAGAAUUCUUCUUCUUCUUCUUCUUCUUCUUCUUCUUCUUCUUCUUCUUCUUCAGAUUGCAAAACUAUCAUCUUUCUCUUUUACCUCUCUUUCUUCUUUCUCUCCUACCCUCUGUCUCUCUUUCUCCCUCCCCUCUCUCUCUCUCGCUGUAUGUCUGUCUAUCUCUUUCUCUGUGUCUGUAUCUUUCUCUGUCUCUCUUGCUCUCUCUCUCACUCUCUCUUUGUCUCCCUGUCUUUCUCUUCUUCAUCUCUUUAUAUCUAUCUCUAUCUCAGUCUCUUCAUAUCUAUCUAUCUAUCUAUCUAUCUAUCUAUCUAUCUAUCUAUCAGUUCAUCAGUUUGAACAAGAGACUACGAAACUCAUUCACAUCUAUCUAUCUAUCUCAGUCGAUUCGCAUCCAUCUAUCUAUCUAUCUAUCUAUCUAUCUAUCUAUCUAUCUUUCCCAGUCUCAUUCACAUCUAUCUAUCUAUCUAUCUAUCUAUCUAUCUAUCAGUUCAUCAGUUUGAACAAGAGACUACGAAACUCAUUCACAUCUAUCUAUCUAUCUAUCUAUCUAUCUAUCUAUCUAUCUAUCUCAGUCGAUUCGCAUCUAUCUAUCUAUCUAUCUAUCUAUCUUUCCCAGUCUCAUUCACAUCUAUCUAUCUAUCUAUCUAUCUAUCAGUUCAUCAGUUUGAACAAGAGACUACGAAACUCAUUCACAUCUAUCUAUCUAUCUAUCUCAGUCGAUUCGCAUCUAUCUAUCUAUCUCAGUCGAUUCGCAUCCAUCUAUCUAUCUAUCUAUCUAUCUAUCUAUCCCAGUCUCAUUUACAUCUAUCUAUCUAUCUAUCUAUCUAUCUAUCAGUUCAUCAGUUUGAACAAGAGACGACGAAACUCAUUCACAUCUAUCUAUCUAUCUCAGUCGAUUCGCAUCCAUCUAUCUAUCUAUCUAUCUAUCUAUCUAUCUAUCUAUCUAUCUAUCUCAGUCGAUUCGCAUCUAUCUAUCUAUCUCAGUCGAUUCGCAUCCAUCUAUCUAUCUAUCUAUCUCAGUCGAUUCGCAUCUAUCUAUCUAUCUCAGUCGAUUCGCAUCUAUCUAUCUAUCUAUCUAUCUAUCUAUCUAUCUAUCUAUCUAUCCUCUCCGUCUCAUUCACAUCUAUCUAUCUAUCUAUCUAUCUAUCUAUCUAUCUAUCUAUCUAUCUCAAUAUAUAUUGCGGCUUCUUUCUUUCUUUCUUUCUUUCUUUCUUUCUUUCUUUCUGAUAUUAUAGACAGAUGCAACAACCAUAUAUUCAGUGUCUAUACCUUCUUCGGUAAACAUAAUAUCAACCGAAUUAAAGCACUGAAACUGUGA